AUGGGUUAUUUAAUCAAAGGGAUUUCGGUUUGGAGUCCUACUUAAGAAAAAAUUUCCAUCUCAUUAAAUGUUCAUCUAAUAAUUCAAUUUCAUUUUUCAAAAGAACAAAGUAUAUAGCAAAGAAGUAUGUCUUAUUAUGCCUUUUUCUUAAUUUGCAUUAAUACUUUUAAUUACAUCACUGUAACAACUGAUAGCUACUUUAUAUUCUGCCUUGAUAUAAUUUUAGUAGUUUUAGAUGCCAAACACCUCUCCUUAAUUUUAGAUAAAAAGGCUAAAAGAUCCUAAUACUAUUAACUAAAUAGUACACUUAAUACUACAAAAAAUUAGUAAAAGUUAGGGUAUAAAUUUCAAUUUGAAUUACCUUCAGUAAAAAGUCCAAAGGCUCCAUUUAAUUUAUAUGAUCGAUUUUCAACCAAGAAACUAACAUUUAAUACUAAAAUGGAUAUUUUUGAAUCUACAAUAAGGCUGGAAGAUUAUUUAAAAAAAGUAUUGAGAAUGAACAGCAGAAAAGAGAUGUUAUAAUUUAAGAAUAUUUUUUUUAAUUAUCAUUAUUAUACAAAUAUAAUGAUAUUACACAUAAAAUUAAAAUAUCAGAUUUUUUCUCUGAUUAUUAUGAAGAAUUAUCAAACAUAUAUUAUUUUUCAAUUGAUGAUAAUGAGACACAGUUUUGUUAAUUGAAUAAAUUAAAAAUAGUGAAAGUGAAACAUUGAUUUAGUAUUUAUUUUUGGAUGUUCCAUAAAAAUAUUAAAGAAAAUAAAGUAAAGUUAGAAAAUAAUUGUUUUUUGAUAUGUGUAAAUAAUUAUCUCAUUAACUUGGUACUUGUCUAAAUUCUCUAAUGACAUUUAGCAAUUCAGCUGCUGAAGAUGAGGGAAUUUCAGAAUAGAUUAUAUUUAUCCUAUUUUAAUAAAUAGUGUCUAAUUUAAUUUAAUUAUUAAUAAUGUUAGAGAUUUUACUCAUUUAGGAUUAAAAAUAUUUCAGCUUAAAUUAGAAGAGAUGUAUAUCAUCUAAACAGUAGAAUUUAUUAAUUCUUUAUUUGAAGAACCGCUUCAAAGUAAAGGAAUAGAAUUAUCUGUUUAAUAUCAUUUAAAAAAUGGAUUUUUAAUUACUGAUAAGGGAAGAUUUGAAUAAAUUUAUUUUUAGUUGUUAUAAAAUUCAGUUAAAUUCACUUUAUCAGGAUAAAUAAGAUUUAAUAUUUAUAAUAAUGCAGAUAGAUUUAUUUUAUCGAUCGAAGAUACUGGUAUUGGUUUAAGUGAAAAAGAUGAACAUAAUCUCAAUUAUUUGUUGGAUUAAGAUGAAUUUAUUAAAGUUUCAGAUAGUUAAAUUGGUUCUGGUAUGGAAUUAGUUAUUUCUAAUAUGAUUGUCAAAUAACUAAAUAGAGGAGUACCUAUUAAGUUUAAAAGAUUGUUGAUAGGUUCAUAAUUUUAUUUUGAAUUGCCCAAUGAUAUUUAGGAAAUCUAUAUUUCUAAUUAAAAGGCUUUAAUAGAAAAUUCUUAAGGUUCAUAAUCUAUCAAAUUGUUAUCAUAAAAUUCAUAUAUAGAAGGACCACUAGGAUAAUAAUCUCAUGUUAUAUCUUAAAAGUUAUCUUCCCAAAAGUAUCAUUCAAAAAAAAGAGAAAAGAAACUAAAUCCUUUUCUGUUGUUCAUCAUUUUGAGGAUGAAAUUGAAAGUGAUGUUUAGAGUGAAUCACAUAAAAAUAUUAUUCAAUUUUUACCAUUUUUUUCAACAAAAUAAAAUAAAGAUAGGUUAGAAUAUUGUUUAUAAAGUGAGUGUUGCUCUGGAGCUAUUGUUGAUGAUGAAUACUUCAAUAUAAGUUGUUUAAAAUUAAUUAUGCAAAAAUAUGUAGUAAAAUGCGACCAUGCAUUUAAUGGUUAAGAUUCUAUAGCUUUAAUUAAAAAUAAAAAGGAAAAUCCUUGCUAACAUUGUCAUAAUUAAUAUUAUUUACUAAUAUUUUUGGAGAUAAAUAUGCCUAUAAUGGAUGGAUUUCAAACAAUCAAAAUUAUUAAAGCUUAAAUGAAAACAGAAGAAAUCAAAAAGGUUUAUUGUAUAGCUAUUCCAGGAUUAUCCGACCUCUAAACUAAAUAAAAAUGCUAUGAAAAUGGAAUGGAUUAUUUUAUGAAUAAACCUAUAAACUAAAAUUUGCUUAAAGAAAUUCUUUUAACAUUUUUUCCAACUUUAGAAAUUAAAGUUAUUUGA